AUGGACGAAGAAUUAGUGGGAAACUCCUUCCAGUCGGGGAGGCUCAUCUUCAGGGCUAUUGAAGAUGACGAGGACGACAAGAGGUGGUUUCACGAUCAGAUCAAAAACGACCCGGUCGGGUUCGCACUCGGAGACUCCAAUGUAUUACGGCCGCAGACAAGACGCCGCAGUGAUUCAUUGCUUCUAGAGAUUCAAGGUUUCCUCCUGGGCGUCAUCAUCUGUCUCCCCGCCGCAGACGGAGCAGCAAGUCCUCAACCAAUCGGCGUGGUUGCACUCAACGAUGAGGCGGGCGACAAUUACCGCCAUCACCAUCGCCUCGCAGUCCUCAGCAUUUCCAUCGCGAAACCGUAUCGGAAUCUGGGUUAUGGCGCUGAGGCAAUCAACUGGGCGGUCGACUGGGCCUUCCGAAAAGCCAACAUCCACUCCAUCAGUCUGGGCUGCGUCGAAUACAACGACCGCGGGAAGCAUCUGUACGAGAAGCUGGGCUUCGUUCUAGAGGGCCGUUACCGCAAGUCGCAUUUCCACGAGAGACAAUGGUGGGACGUGCUUCUGUACUCAAUGUUAGAGGACGAGUGGAAGGGAUUGAGGGGACAGUAG